CCCGGAGGAGCCGAAAGAAAGAAAAGCAGGCAAGGAAAGGAGGCAAGCAGCGUCGCCGCUGCCCACAAAGCUCCCACCUCUCCGCCUCCCAGCCUCCAUUAUAACCACCCCAACAAAACAAACCAAGGCAAGACGGAGCGUUGAUGGGCUCCGCGGCGGCUUAAUUCCACCGUCCGAUUUCAAAACAGGAGAACAGGGGCGGAGCAGAGUAGCCUCGGAUGGCGGAGCCGGCGGCGCUCUUCUCGCUCUCCGCGGCCGCCGUGGUGGAGGACGUGCUGCGGGAGCACGGCUGCCGCCUCAGCGACCGCGACCUCGCCUCCCGCAGGACCGGGGAAGCCGCGGCGAGGCGGAACGAGGCGGCGGGGUGGCUGCGGCGCGCGGUGGGGGCCGUCGCGGGGCGGGACCUGCCGGAGGAGCCGUCGGAGGAGGAGUUCCGCCUCGGCCUCCGCAACGGCCAGAUCCUCUGCAGCGCGCUCAACAGGGUCCACCCGGGCGCCGUCCAGAAGGUGGUCACGGCGGACUCGGUCGACGGCGCGGCGCUGUCGGCGUUCCAGUACUUCGAGAACGUGCGCAACUUCCUCGUGGCGGCGCAGGACAUCGGCCUGCCCUGCUUCGAGGCCUCCGAUUUGGAGCAGGGAGGGAAGAGCGCCAGGGUGGUGAACUGCGUGCUGGCAUUGAAGUCGUACGGGGACUGGAAGCAAUGCGGGGGCACCGGGCUCUGGAAAUUUGGGGGGAACCUCAAACCCUCGGCUUCUGGCAAGUCCCUGGUGAGGAAGAACUCGGAGCCGUUCCGGAGGUGCCAAUCGAUGAGCGAGGGGGAACAACCGCCCUACGAGGAGGCUGGAUUCAGUGGCGAUGCCCAUCUCGAUCAUGGUGACAUGUCGAGGUCACGUCCGCUGAAAAUGCUGGUCAGCGCGGUUCUCUCCGACAAGAGGCCAGAUGAAGUUCCGCAGCUCUUAGAGUCCAUGCUGACCAAACUCGUCGAUGAAUUCGAGAAUCGCUUGACUACUCAAAAUGACUUGGUGAAAGCGGCUCUGAAAAAUACUACGGACAGCACUAAAUCCUUCUCGAAAUCCAAGGUUCUGGUCGAGGCCACCACUCCUAAUUUUAGUGGGAGAAAGAUGGAUACAUCAGAUAUUUACUCCAAGCAUAAACAAACAAAAAAGGGAACAUCAGUUGAAGUGACACUGAAGCAACAUUCGAUUGUCCAACAGCAGUCAAAGCAUGUCGAGGAACUUAAGGCUGAUCUUCAAACAACAAAAGCGGGUGUGGAGUUUAUACAAAUGAAGUACUCUGAGGACCUCAACUUAUUAGGAAGGCAUCUGUUUAGCCUAGCACAUGCUGCCUCAGGUUACCACAAAGUUCUUGAAGAAAACAGAAAACUGUACAACCAGGUGCAAGAUCUUAAAGGUAGUAUCAGGGUAUAUUGUAGGAUACGACCCUUUUUACCUGGACAAGUCAGUUCAUCCACUGUGGGCUGCAUUGAUGAUGGGAAUAUUACGAUUAUUACUCCUUCCAAAUCUGGGAAGGAAGGACGGAAGUCAUUUAGCUUCAAUAAGGUUUUCGGACCAUCUUCAACUCAAGAUGAGGUGUUCUUAGAUACUCAGCCCCUCAUUCGCUCUGUUCUUGAUGGGUACAAUGUCUGUAUCUUUGCAUAUGGCCAAACAGGAUCAGGCAAGACAUUCACAAUGAGUGGGCCCAAGAACAUUACUGAGCAAACCCAGGGUGUAAACUAUCGGGCACUUGGUGAUCUAUUUACCCUUGCUGACAAAAGGAAAGGAACCUUUGUCUAUGAUAUUGCUGUGCAAAUGAUCGAGAUUUACAAUGAACAAGUCAGGGAUCUCCUCUCUAAUGAUGGUCUCAACAAAAGAUUAGAGAUUCGGAAUAAUUCUCAGAAUGGCAUUAAUGUUCCGGACGCAAGCCUUGUCCGUGUGGCAUCAACAAUAGACGUAAUAGAACUGAUGAAUAUUGGGCACAAGAAUCGUGCUGUCGGUGCCACUGCAUUAAACGACCGGAGUAGUCGUUCUCACAGUUGUUUAACUGUUCAUGUUCAAGGAAAAGAUUUGACAUCUGGCAACAUCAUCCGCGGCUGCAUGCAUUUAGUUGAUCUUGCAGGCAGCGAGCGGGUUGACAAGUCAGAGGUCAUCGGAGAAAGGUUAAAAGAAGCACAGCAUAUUAACAAAUCAUUGUCAGCCUUAGGGGAUGUAAUUGCUUCACUUGCCCAGAAGAACGCACACGUACCUUACAGGAAUAGUAAAUUGACACAACUCCUCCAAGAUUCUCUUGGAGGUCAGGCCAAAACAUUGAUGUUUGUUCAUAUAAGCCCGGAAAGUGAUGCUGUAGGAGAAACUAUAAGCACGUUGAAGUUUGCUGAGCGCGUUUCUACUGUUGAGCUUGGUGCUGCUCGACUUAAUAAAGAAUCCGGAGAAGUUAAAGAGCUCAAGGAGCAGAUUUCUCGACUCAAAACAGCAUUAUCAAUGAAAGAGUCAGGAUUGGAGCAAAACUUUACUCGCCACUCUGAGGUAGUAAACACGAAGACGCCUUCUCCUGUUUUUAGGCGUCAGGGCAGUUGUGAUUUACUGUCUAGCCAAACUAACUUCAGGCAACCAAUGGAGGAUGUUGGAAACAUAGAGGCUAGACCCAAUCCUGCAUUGAGACAAAAGAAACCAAGCUUUGAUCUUCAGGAUUUAUUACCAUCAAAUGAUUCACCUUCAUGGCCAGAUAGCAAUUCAAGGUUGAAUUUUCAGAUGGGAGAAGAAAGGGAAACAGUUUGCGGGGACUGGGUAGAUAAGGUUGUGGUGAACAACAAUCACUCUCUUGGUGAUUGGCAAGGAGACAAUGCUGCUUUACCUGACUUCUUUUACCAAAGAUACCAUUCAGGUUUGAGAGAUGAGCAGCAAAGACCUCGUUUUUGCUCGACAAAUACCGAUGAUUCCGAUGACAUUGAUGUUGCAACAAGUGAUUCCUCAGAAUCAGAUGCACUAUGGCAGUUCAAUGUUCAAAGCAUGAAUACUCCGGUUAUUCAAAACGGGUCAAAGAUCAAGAAACCACAGACGAAGAUAAGAGAUACCUCGGACACAAGGACACCAAUUCAUUCUCAAAUACCAUCAGCAUCGAGAAAAGCUUCAAACGGACAAAACAGAUCGGGAAGGCAACCUUUAAGUGCUAACGAUAGCAGAAGGCUUUCAUCAAACGGUAGACACUCUGGUACGAAGUAGGGACUGCUAAAAUGAUCGUGUGCAUUCUUUUUCUUGGUUUUCUCUCAGUGUUUGUCACAAGGCGUUGUGAGGUUGUUCUCAAGUACAACAAUGAGUGACAAUAAGUCCAAUUGAUUGUGUCAGUGUGGUGAGUUGUGAUCUCAGCAGCUGGUGAGUGAGGCCAUUAGCCUUUUUUUAUUGGCCUGUCAGGCUAUGUUGAGUUUUUGGCAAUUCUUUGUGUCAUGUCCAUAAUAUAUAGUAUGAUAUAAUGAAAAGAAAGGAAACGUGUUCAUCAAAAGCUGGUUCCUUAUUUCUCACUUUGUAUGUACUACUUUAAUCUGAUCAUAGAGGCUCUUGCAAUGCGCUUUGGUUCUUGCUCUCAAA